AUGUUCCAACCCUAUAACCUUACUUCAUUGGACCAUUUUUCGCCUACAGGGCAUUUCAAUAUAUCUCUCACAUUUGAUCUGGCUGGCAAGAAUCGUGUACAGGCUCUCCAGCGAAUGGAGGAUGCAAUGGCUCGUGUGGUCGCAAAAUUUCCCUUCCUGGCUGGGAUGGUGGUAUCAUCUACCCGGACGGAUGGUAGAAGCAACGUACUUCAAGUGCGGCCUGCUACUGCUGCUGAGCUUGAAGAGUGCCCUAUCCUGGUCGUUCAGCAUCAUAUAGAGCCCACCGCUCUUACCGUGGAUGGGAAGUUCAACACUGCCUUGAUGCCGUUCCCAAUCGUUCACCCACCACGUAAACCUUCUCCCGUGCUUCGGCUGAAGGCUAAUGUGAUCGGAGACAAGUUGCACUUGUUCUGGUGCUUUGACCACAAAAAAAUGGAUGGGUCAGGCCUUGUUCUUUUGGUCUCUACUUUCGCCGCGUUCUGUUGUGAUCCAAAUGCCCAGGGACCACCCACAACUCCACAUGCGCAAGAAGAAAUAAGGCAGCAUAUCAAGGAAAUUGAAUCUACAGGCACACCCCAGAAUCUUCAAUGGACUACUUUUCCUGCCCCAACAAGCGAAGACGAGGUAUCCACAGAUUAUAGUCGAGUACCCAUCAGUUCUCUUCGUGUACUCGAUGGCCUAAAGAUACAAAUGCUGCACGACGCCUGCAACUCGGCAUUACAGUCUCUUCCUGAGAGAUAUAGGAAGGAUCUUCCCGAUAUGUCUCUUCGACCGGGUAUGGUCGUCAGCGCGCUACUGGGCAUACGUAGCAGUCGCGCCCGCCUGAGGGCUUUCCCUGAUCAGCAGGGACUCUCAUCCGAGAUGUUCACCGUGGAAAAUAUUCGAAGGGCACUAGACGUACGUCGGGGGUAUAUCGGCAAUGCUAUCGCGGUCGCCCAAAGCAUGUGUGAAGGCUCUUCGCAUCCUCCGUCUGAUGCCUUACAAAAUAUUCAUGUGCCAAAGCCUCUCAGUUUGGUAGGGCCGGAAGAUAUCUGGCGGAUCUGCAACGUUGCCCAGGCUCUUCAAGAAGCAUCGGGACAUCUAGACAAGCAGUAUGCACAGGGCGCGAUCGCAACAAUGUCCCGCGAACGUGAUUGGGGUUCAUUCGGACCUGGGUGGGGGGUGAAUUUUCUUGUAUCUGAUAUCAAAUCAGCAUCGCCUUAUAUGAACUUUGGGCCACUCGGGGACCUUCAGUUGUUCGACCUUCGUUUCGAUACAGCUGCUGGCUUUUGUUGGAUACUCCCUAACCUUCCGUCAGAUUCUGCAUCGCCAUAUCCAUGCUGGAGAUUGCGAUGGAUUUUGGAACGGGCGGCGACGGAGUGUCUAUCGAGCGACCCCCUCUUCCAGUGGGCUUCAACUUCUAGUACAACCUCUAGACACGCCAAAUUCUAG